AAACAUACAACAGCCGCCGUUUGAGACACACCUUGCAAAAAGUUAUGUGAUAAAAUUAUACAAACUGAGAUAUCUUGUGAGAUAACUCAUUAACUUUCACAAAAUUUUGUGCAUUUGCGAUUGAAGUUUUAAAACCAUCGCCAAAAACGAUUCAAAAUAUAUUUUUUUAUUGAAAAACGUGUUUCACCAUUGCACGUUGAAAGAAAAGUCUUUCAGGCAUUUCAUUUGCAAAUUAGAUUAUUUUUAUCAGUUACCAAAGGAACACGAAAGAUGAAACUCAGCAUCUUUACAAUUUUAACAUUAGUCAUGAGCAUAUCGCUUCUUCCAAAAGCUUUAAGUGCUGAUUGUCCGAAUUGCGUAGUUAUUAUGUGCGGUUAUAAUAACUCUCGUGAUCUGUACCAAUGGUUUAAUGGAAAAGGUCAACUUGAUCUUUGGAAUAAUACUCAUAAGGAACGUUUUGUUCAAUUACCAAUUAGAUAUUGUAGGAAGAAGAUUGGCGAUCCGCAAGAAAACAAUACAUUUUAAAUCAGAGUCUGAUGAAGCUAUUUAAUUAGAUUUCUAAAUGUGUAUAGCGAAUAUGGAACAUCGAAUAUUUAAAACAUUUAUCGCUAAUAAUGUGUAACCUGAAUAUAUUCAUAUUUUAAUUAAAAAAUAUGUAGAUUAAUGUAUUUGAAUAAAUUUUCAUUCAUUC